AUGGUGACGGUCGGCAAGUCGCACCCGGGUGCUGACCCAGUCCCUCUCCCCACCUCACCCGAUCCGGUCGGCGCCAACUCCCCGCCGUCAAAGCGAGAUUUGGCUUCAUGGUGGAAGCAGUUCAAACGCAGCACAAGAAAAGACGAAUUGAAAGCUGAAACAUCCCGCGGCAUCUUCGGGGUUCCGCUCAAUGUCAGCAUCAAGUAUGCUAAUGUGGCAAUCUCUUUGACCAACGAUCACGGUCAGAGCUCCAUUUAUGGAUAUGUGCCCAUUGUUGUUGCAAAGUGUGGAGUUUUCCUAAAAGAAAAAGCAACCGAUGUCGAAGGCAUCUUUCGUCUUAACGGAUCGGCCAAGCGCAUUAAGGAUCUCCAGGAAGUCUUCGAUUCCCCCGAGCGAUAUGGAAAAGGACUCGAUUGGUCCGGAUACACCGUCCACGAUGCAGCAAACGUACUUCGCCGAUACCUGAACCAGCUCCCCGAACCCAUCGUGCCAUUGGAGUUUUAUGGGCGCUUCCGUGAACCUCUGCGUAUCUACCAGCAACAGGUCUUAGAAGAUAAGGACACAGCUGAUGCCGAUAAGUUCGACCAUGCAAAGGCUGUCGAGACAUACCAGAAGCUCAUCAUCGAGCUGCCUCCAUUGAACAAGCAACUCCUUCUCUAUAUCCUCGAUCUCCUCGCGGUUUUCGCAUCAAAGUCCGAUCAGAAUCGCAUGCCGUCGGCUAAUCUGGCUGCGAUCUUCCAACCAGGCCUGCUGUCCCACCCCCAGCAUGAUAUGUCGCCAGAGGAAUAUAAAUUGAGUCAGGACGUGUUGAUCUUCCUGAUUGAGAACCAAGACCAUUUCCUGUUCGGGAUGAGUGGCACUGCUGCCGAUGAGCAGACCAUGAAAGAAGUCGAGGGAGGCAUGCCGCGCCCCGCAUCUCACCCAACCGUCCGACGUUCGGUAUCCAACGCGAGUGCGAACACCGAAAGCCAUCGCAAGUUGGACAGUAUCCGACGAAAUGUCUCCGUUUCCUCGCGCAACUCACGGCAUUCUAACAACGCCCAAAGUCCCGUAACUCCCACCUCAACCACCUGUGGUGGUGGAGGAGGAGGAGGUGGUGUCCACCGAAGCAACACUCUACCCUCAAAAAUGGGACCCAUCUUGACUUCUGCUCGUUAUGCACGAGCUCACGACACUGGCUCGAACAGCCCUUCCGGUCUCGCUGUUUCUCAUCACAGUUCUCAAUCAACUAGUCGAACGCCAUCGGUGCGCGAAGAACCUGAGCAGCCUCAACCGGUCCCUCAGCCGGUUCCUCAUUCGAUUUCUCAUCCGGGUCCUCAGCCAGUCCCCGAAGAGACUCCUGCGCAGCGCCCUGUGCAGCGGACUCCUAGUCAAUCAACUACCUCUCUGACUCCAGGCAAUGCCUAUGUGCACACGUCAACCCAUGGCCCAUUGCCACCGGCAACUGCUGAACGUCUUAGCCUCGGCGAAACUCCCAAACCGCAUGAGAAUCUCAACACGGCGGUUGCCUCACCCCCAGUCGUCUCACCCCCGGUCCCUUCGCCCCCACAGGUUGUCACCCCGAGUCGUGAGCGCAAACUUUCAAGCUUCUUCACAAAGUCACCGCCAAAUGAGGGUGAACUAAGAGAACCUCGACAGCCGAAUCGCUUGAAGAAGAAGCGCAUUCCUGGCAGUGCAAGCAUGAGCGCACAAAGCUCAGCUAACUCACUCCAUGGCUCAAGUGUAGAUCCUAGUGCGGAUCUUCAACCUAAAUAUGAAAAUCGGUCCGUGGAAGCUGCUGUUGGUGACACCACUCCCAGACCGCCAAAUGCUCCUACGCUCGGCAACCGAGAGAGCCCCUUUGACUCGAACCCGACUCUGGCAGAGGGUACUUCGCAACCCCACACUGACCACUCCCUGCAACCUCAUAAAUCGCGCACACCCUCGAUGAACUCACGUUCAUCGUUCACUGAUCAGUCUGACAUGGAUCAACCUGAUGAAGUCUCUCGUCAUGAAAAUCGUCGUAGUUGGCGGUUCCAUCGGUCAUCCAAGCGCACCAGCGAGCAACUUGGACUCGGUUUCGCGUCUCCACCCCUGAACCCCCGAGCUGAGCGAAGCACCAGUUCAAUCGGUAGCGGCCACUAUCAAAGCACGGACCUCUCCAGUCACCCACUGAGCUUGGAUGCUGGCAUUCAAAGCACUUCCUCCAUAGGGUCAGAGCACGAGAAGAAGAGUUUGUUCGGAAAGUUUAAGGCGAAGGUCGCUCAGGUUCGGGAUGGUGUCAAGGAUGAACGUGAGCGCACAAAGAGCCCCACCCGGUCAGAGGACGACCCUUCCCUCGCCAACCAGCCUCUUCCCCCCAUUGCUGCGGUGUCGACAAAUGGCAAUCCUGCCUCAAUCGAAGUCCCACGCGAACAGCCCAAGGAAGAGCCUAUGCGUUCACCCGUGUCUCCCUUGCCUGGCGCUGGCCUUCCCCCAUCUAUCCCCGAAGAACCCCAUAGUCUCGAGGCGCCUACAGCUGCACCUGUACCUGCACCUGCGCCUGUCGUUGAAGAGAAAGAUUCCACUGAGCUAUCCGCUACCGAAUUCGUGUUGGCACCAGAGUCAGCAGUGUCCCAUGAAAUCCCGAAAGAGACCGCAGGACCGUCCACCUCGGCCGCCUGA